AUGACACGUGGUUUCGUUUGUGAUAUAAAUGAAGAAAGCAUACAACUGAUAAAUUGGACAUGGUUAGAACCGUUUAUGUUUAUCGUCAACAUGGGAACUCAUGGCUUCUACCCCUACCCACUUCUUCUUCGGCCAUAUGCUGAAGCAUUUGACAAUGAGCCGCUCGGAGAAGAACUCAAAUGUGACGAUUCAUUGACCCAUGUCUCCGGCUCUAAUAUGUUGUACUUCUUUAUAAAUACAUCAUGGUUUAUAUUUGUAUUGAGUUAUAUUGUUGCUAUAUACAAAAAAGAGGUUAUACCGAUUCGAAUGUUCUAUUUGUGGAGCUUAUUGAAGAUAGGGGUGCAGAUAUUGUUUUUGGCGUACCAGCCUGGUAGUAUCAAAUUCAGCAACGAUGCUGUCGGCUUCCUAGAACGCAGUGGCUUUGCCAACCUGUUGGAUAUUGUAUUGGGUUGCAUUUGCAUCGUAAUAAUAAGAAGAUACGUCAAUCAAAUGUCGCUGGAAGUAGUGGUUUGGAUCGUGAAGAAACCACCUACAUACGAGGAGUGUCUCAAUAACUUAAAGCAAAAAGAAAAGAAUGAAGCAAUUAUUCAUAUCGAUACUAAACCAGGACUUCUCACCUCUUGCAUUUAA